CGGUCUGUCAGUAACGUACUUUGAAAUAUGUGCAGAAGUUGGACUUUAAGGCGUACAGUUACAGGUGCAUCGGUUUUUGGAUGCAACAUUGGACUACGUUGGGAAUGGCUCUCGUAGAAAUUUCUACUCAUAUGACACGAUUAAUACCCGCCCUGUAGAGUUUGAUUUUUUGUUUCUGAGAAGUUCCUUGCUGCUUAUCACUCUGCAACUGAUCCUCCAAAAUUGCUCCGACAUCACGAAGACCAGCCACCUGUUCCGACCUUUCAUUUUGAGGUUUCCUCGCGGUUUCUUCGCGGUCAUAUACUGGGAGAUCUUCGCACUGUGUGGACUGCAGUGAUCGUACAUGCAUUAUGUCGUUGUUGCGAGGAGCUUUAGCGUGGGCGCUAAUUGUGCAGGGCGUUGCAUUACAUGGACUACCAUCUGAGGAAGCCAUUGUGUACCCGGAAUUCGCAGAAGAAAGGUCGGAUAGCGGUGGCCGAGUACUGAAGCUUACAGACGAUUUAACGCUGAACCUGGUGCAGAAGUCGCCGUAUCCCGAUCGUCUGCACCUUAGGACGCCCCAAGAUGAUGGUUCGGUACUCAACGCUCAUGUUUCCUCGUGGCCGUACUCAAGGCAUCUUUUGCAGGAUGAGAAAAACUUCGCUUCCCUUGUGGUGACAGAAGACGAUGGCCUGCGUCUGCGCGGCAUGAUUGGCGAUGACAUGCGCAUUGAACCUCUGGCCACCGCUGAGCGUUCCUCCGACGGUCGUAUUGCCCAUAGACUAUACAAGGUGGAAGAGAUGUAUUCUGACACUCCGAUUUACCAGUACGUUUCAGCACCCAUUCUUGACAGAACGGCGCGCACUCUCGUCAAGACGGUUGAAGGCCGGCUUGACAAAACCUUUGCCCUUGCGGAAACUCACAUCGUCGUAGACACAGUCUUCUUCAAACAGUUUAAACAGAAUGAGACAGCUCUACUAUUAUACUUGGGAGCUGCCAUCAACUCCGUCAAUCUCAGGUUUCAGACUGUGGAGAUUCUCAAAAUUCAAAUUGUAGUCGUCGGCCUCACGUUUUCUACAAAGGAUACGGAAGACAAUGAGAUUUUGAAGUUUUACAAGGUAGGAGGGGCAAGAAGGGACGAGUAUGCUGAUCUUCAAAGAACGCUUGAGGCGUUCAGGGACUUUCACAAGGCAAAGCACAUCGACAUAUUUGAUAAAGUGGAUCUGCUGACCUUCCUUACAGGGCGACAGAUGUGCUCAGUUAAUAAUGGAAACACGUUAGAUUGCCAAGUCAAAGGCAUGGCUUAUGUGGCGGGCGUAUGUGGAUACGCAAGGGUGUCUGUGGUCGAAGACAAUGCAUGGUCUUUCCAAGGAACGCGUACCAUGGCACACGAGUGGGCACACACCCUUGGAUGCGUCCACGAUGGAAGCGGACCUUAUGAGCACAUUCAAAAUCAUCCAGGCGCCACAGAUUGUCCCUGGAGGCAAGGCUACCUUAUGAGCUAUGUGACUGAGGACAACAACCAGUUCCAGUUCUCCCCCUGCUGCGCCAAUCAGAUGUACUUUGUUUCCCAACUCGAAGGAAAGCAGUGCCUGUUCUAUAACAAUAGCCGCAGGACGGAUCAGGUCCACACGAAUGUUCUACCAGGGGAGACGGUAUCUCUGGAUAAACUUUGUCAAGUUACCUACGCACAUAUAGAGGACUACACUUUUACCUACGACCAUGAGAAGGGACUCUCCGGAUAUGGUUGUGAGGUCCCUUGCAAAAGCAACACGGUCCAGGAAGGGAGGAAGUCCUAUUGGAGGACUGGACAAACGAAUGGAACGGACGGUUCUCCUUGUGACUCUGUAAACAAGAAGAAGGUGUGCAUUAGAGGAGAGUGUGUAGAGAACCCAACCUGCAAGGGAUGCAAAAAGCGGCCAUCACAACCAAAAGCGCCAUCGACCACGAAAACGCCAGCAACGGUCAUUUUUCGUAUUUGGGGAACGCAGCCACGGAAAUCGAAACAGCGCAAAAGCAAAAAUUUAGGAUGAUCCUCAUAAACUUUGCUGCUGUGGUAUCGGGAACGAGGAAAUGAAAAUAAAGUGACACAGUACGAUG